AUGACAAAGUUCUCUCUAUUUACAGAAAAUCUUCCCGAUGAGUCGAUACGAGAGAUGGACAUUCUCGACUCUUCCUUCUUCAAAGAGCCCAGCAAAAGCCUUCCGACACCAGCACAAGUGAGAGCUUUGUCAAAAGACAUUCACACGAACGCACAGCCACAGUUUGUUAUCUUUGAAGAGUCCAAAGUCUUCGUCAAGUUUGGCCCUCAUGUCACGAUCGCAGAAGCGCAAUGCCUUUGGAUGAUCAAACGGACCUUUGGUGACGAAAUACCAGUACCCGAAAUUUAUGGGUGGCGAGUCGACGAGAAGAACCAUGUAUUCCUCUAUAUGGAGCUUAUUCAAGGACAGACGCUACAGGAUGGCUGGAAUGAGCUUAAUAGCCAGGAUAAAAGCUUACUCUGUGAUGAGUUAUGUCGGAUAGUCAGCUGUCUACGCCGACUUGAACAAGAUUCUUCCGAUCAGUAUAUUGGUUCCCUAAAACACCAACACCUCCUAGAUUAUGUUUUUCAAUCAUUCCCGAAAGCUGGGCCUUUCUUCACUAUCAAGGAUUUCAACGACUGGUUUUCCGAAUUACCACAAUCAUGGCUUCCUACUUCGAAGAAAUACAAAAACCCCUACAGGUAUUUGUUACCGGAUGAUGGAGUCAUUAAAUUUACCCAUGGCGACCUCCACCGAGGAAACAUCAUUAUCUCUUCCAGCAAACCAGCUCGAAUUCUUGCUAUCGUGGACUGGGAACAAGCGGGAUGGUAUCCAGACUACUGGGAGUAUUGUAAGGCACUUUACACUUGUUGGUAUGAGGACGAAUGGCGACGGGACUGGAUCGACAACUUUCUAAGCCCACGCUUGCGAGAAUUUGAGGUCUUCAUAGAGUACACCAUGGCAAUGGGCUCGGUAUGA